GCAGGUACUCCGACAGAAUAUAAAUGGCUGCGCAGCUCUGGUGUAACAGUAUCAACAUUCCCCCUCAGCUUUCCUGAUCGUCGGUCAUCAAGACAUACCUUGAACGAUGCGAAUAUAAAAUCUCCCUGAUAAGCACUCUUUAAGGAUUCUCCAACUUAGGCAUGGAUACUUCCAGCCGCUCCGUUUACGCAGGACUUCCGCGAAACGAAUUCACUGAAUGUAAACUAGGCGAAUUGCAAGAUAAAGUAUGGAUCUAUUUUCAGAGGAAAAACAUUAGCCACGGUUGCGACGUCGAUAGUGUUUCCAGGGUCGACUCCGGCACAAGUGACAAAAUAUGGAUGAAGGUUACGUUCAGCGAUCCAUCAGGUGUUCAACAUGUGUUGUCCAAAGCUCGCCACGAGUUGAGGGUAGAGGGGUGUGGCACUGUUCCCCUGGAGAUCAGGGAGUGUUUGCAGUCCGAUGUUCAGUUGCAUGAGUCAGAAGAUAGCGAAGACUCGUUUGUCAUCCUGAACGCUGGUGAUCUCGACAAGGGGACGUUGGACGGUGAAAAUCCCGGGGAGCACCUGUCUGCACUUGACUCGGACCAUUCAAGCAAUGCAGGUGUCCAACUCGUCAACCAACAAAGCAGUUCAAGCAGGGACACUGCCAACCCCAUCUCUAUUCCCGAAGCAGCGUUACCUUACACUGAAAAGGUUCACACACUGAAACCUCUCAUAACUGCAAUAUUUCAAGCACUUUCUGAUGGCCAGGUUUCAACCCAUCUUACACCAAGCCCUGCAAGAAUUCUUUCCUCCCAAUCCCACGGAGACGAAACUCCACAUGGAGAGAUGUCUGUCGGGGCUGCGACAGAUGAUGAGGAGGAUGAUUUGUAUAGCCCAGACUCGAGCAUACAAUCUGCAGCAACAGAGACUCCCAACUUGAUGAAAAUAUUAAGAUCAAAACCUACAGAUGACGCCGAAAGUGGAGAUGCUCGUAAAGGUAGUGAUUUUCAGGACAAAGGCCCCUUCCAACAACAAACCAACGAGCCUGUAGGCAGUAGGCCUGGGUAUCCUGAAAAAACAGUUGGCAUUCACCAGCAACAGUCUGUAGGCGGUAGUGUAGACCGAGGAGGAAGUUCGCAAAGACCAGAUGCUAGGGGUGCUGUACUCGAUGGAAGGUGCCAGCAGGAUCGAGGUGGCCAAGUGCUCCAAGAAAGAAACAAAUCUGCUAAUGGCCAAGUCUUGGCAAAGGCUGCUACGACAAAGAACAGAAGUUGCAGCGAGACAAGCCCUGAGGAAAAACAUACGGCUGAAGAGAGAAAUGAAUACUCUGAAGUUUCCUUAAAACGUCCUGCAUGGGAACAACAGUUUCCUCAGGAGGAUUCAUCUGAUGAGGAAAAGGAACAGGAGGGGAAGGUGCAGAAGGAGGAUCAGGAGGAGGAGCAAUUUGUUGAAGUUACAGGAUUUAAUCCGUCAUCAGAGGAAAUGCUCAAGAUGUAUUUUGAGAAUUUCAGAAGGUCUGGAGGUGGCGAUAUCAAAACCUGGGAGCAUGACCCCAAGGCGGAAACUGUUAGAAUGACCUUUGAGGAUCCAUCGUUGACCGACAAUGUGAUUGCAAGGCAACAUAAGGUUGGAGGAAAGAAUCUGACACUGCGAUUCAAGAAAUCCCGUCCACGUCCAGUCAAGAAACGAUGUCUGUUGCUGAAAGGAAUUCCUGAUGGAUGUACUUCAGAGUUUUUGACAAUGUUCAUUGAGAACGAAUGUGGCACGGAGGACUUCAAAAUACAAUAUGGUGAGAUGCCUGGAACAGCCCUCUGCACAUUCAACGAGGACAUCCCAGACAUGGACAAAGUGAUCAGACGCAUUUCUUCAAAGACAAUCAAAGGAGUCUACAUGACAGCGGAGAAGAUGCAUGAGUCAGGUGGUAUCCUAGUGCAAGGUGUUUCACCAAAAGUGUCUCUAGAGGUGAUCGAGUUGUAUUUUGGCAACAAGAGUAAAAGUGGCGGAAAUGAUGUCAGAGAAGUACAGCCGGGACCAAUGCAUACCCAGGCUACCGUCUACUUCGAAGACUGGAAAGUUGUUGGAGACGUUUUGGCAAAAAGAGGCCCCCAUAAGGUUGGAGGCGUUGAGCUAUCAGUUGAAGAGUACCAUGAAUGUCUUGGAAGACUGAGUCCAUUUGAUGUCUCGACUCCACAUACCCCUAUGCCAGUCACUGUACAGGUGCCACAACCUGUCAUGGAGUUCAUCUUUGGACAAAAGGGGCAACAUGCAAAGGAGACUUUGCUUCAGAAACUGAGUGACGUGAAGGCCACUCUGAAAUGGCCAGAUGGCGACGACAAGACAACAGCUAGGCUAAAACCUCUAUUUGAAGAUGGGCAGUGGCAGUCAUCCUGGCUCAAAUGGCCUGAAGUCGCACCUGAAGUUUUGACGGACUUCCUGAACAGGUUCAAGUCAACCCGGAUCCCAAUCCCGCCACCACUGUGGAAAGAGACUGUUGCUAGAAUAGAUCAGGUUGACACCAAGGGCCUUUCCAUCGAACCAAAUAAUACUCAGCAUAUAGUUCAUCUGGUUGGAGAGCAGCAAGAUGUGGCUAAAAGAGUAAAUGUCAUUGGUGAAAUCGUCAAGGAGUUGAGAACAACGGCUGAGUACAAAGUUAAACAAGAAAACGAAAUAAAACAAGAAAUUUUCUUUACACCUGACAAGUUUCAGCAUUUUGUUGUCUGUGGCAUCAAGGAUGAAAUUGAGAACAGAUUUCUCCCUAACCUGAAGAUCACUGUGACUACUUCAGAAGAUAAAAGGAGACUCACAUUUCAAGGAACGCAAAAGAACGUUCAAGAAGCAGAGUUGUUGACACGGAGAAAAAUUGACAGUCUCGAGCAUGUAAAAUUCAAGGCAAGCAGCAACAAAACGCAGUUUGUUAACUCCCUCAAAGACAAAAUCCAUGAGAUCUUAAGGUCGCAGGGCAUUCGUGCAGCAUGUAUGGGAUCUGACGAUAGCACGAUCAUCGUGUAUGCUGCAACAAAGGAGGAUGCAAGCCAAGCCAAAGCUUACAUUGAUCAAGAAAUAGUAGAGGAUUUCAUUCCCAUCACAGGACAGGCUGCAUCAGAUGUCCUACGCAGCUCAAACGGCAGAAUGCUCCUUGAUGGCAUCAACAACCAGAAGUUCAUCAUGGCAGCCUUCAGCGACAGCACAGGGAAAGUUCUUCAACUUGUUGGAUUCAAAACUAACAUGGAUAAAACAAAGCAAAAGAUCACCAUUUUCCUCAAAGAUAACAUCAUCAUGACGAAAAUCAUACCGGCAAACAAGAUGAAAAUACAGCUCAUCACCAUAUUCCACGGGGCCGAUAUGGUAAAUGUGGAAAAGCAGUUUGCCAGAAACCAGGUGAAAAUCCAACCACAGAUGCGUGGCCAAAACAAAGGAAUUGUCAUUCAAGGGAACGAAGAAGGUUUGGAAGCCGCAAGUCAGUUUAUAGCUUCUCUGAUAGCAAGGAUAAAGGAACAGCUUUACCCAGUCUCAAGGACCGGCAUGGCCCAACUCUUCCGAGAAGAUAAAGGGAGAAAGUUUCUGGAAUCAUUGGAGAUGAAGUUCGAGUGUGUAAUCAGCGAGAAUGUUGAAGAAGGUAGUGAUGAGGAGGAAGAAGCUCAGGCAGGAAGAGAAACAAGGCCACUGAUGACCUCGGAGAUACUAUGCCAAAUUACUCUACCAAAUAGUUUCACUUUGAAGGUUUGCAGAGGAGACCUGACAAUGCAGAAAGUUGACUGCAUAGUGAAUGCUGCCAAUGUGAAACUGAAACAUGGUGGGGGAUUGGCUGCUGAUAUCGUUGAAGCAGGAGGGACAGUGAUUCAGACUGAGUGUGAGCAGAUAUUAAAGAACAAGCAUCACCGCCAAUUACAUGUGGGUGAGGCUGUUUGCACCUCAAGUGGUAGCCUACCAUGCAAGAAAGUCAUCCAUGUUGCUGGACCUCAAUGGCCACAUGACAAGACCGCCAUACCGAGGGCCGACGAUGAGCCAACCCAAGAGGAGGUUCUCCUCUAUGACAGCAUCAUUGAAUGCCUGAAGCUAGCAAACCAAAACAAAAUGCAGUCCAUCGCCAUCCCAGCCAUCAGUGCUGGCAUUUUUGGCUUCCCAGUUGAGCUUGUCGCAAGACAGAUUCUCAACGCUGCAGCUGACUUCUGUCAGAACAUGCGCAACCUCACCUUAACAGAGAUCCACUUUACCAACAACGACCAGCCAACUUGUAAUGUAUUCAGACAGGCAGUGAUGGAUAGAUUUGGUCCAUUUCAGGGGAGAGAGGCUGCCACUGGUGUUCGCCAAGGGCCAACAGCUACAACCUUUAGUCCUCCUGUCAUGGAGGAUGAUACACCUGUGUCUGCACCUGCACCAAAGUUUACUGCAUCAGGACAGAACUCACUGACAACAAAUGAGGGAAUUACCAUAACACUGAAGAAAGGAAGCAUCACAAAUGAAAUGGUCGAUGUAAUUGUCAACACAGCAGGACCUGACAUGAACCUUAGUAGCGGUAAGGUGUCGCAGGCAUUACUGAAAGCAGCUGGGUCAGCACUACAGAAGGAGUGUGAUACAGUGAUUACAACCCGUGGCAAAGUUCGUAGAGGUGACUUCAUAGAGACAGGACCAGGUGCUCUCACCUGCAAGAAAAUCUACCACUGCGUCUGUGAAGGUUACCGCCAAGGUGAAUCCGAGAAGGUCCUGAAGAAACUUAUCCUCAAGUUGAUGGAGCAAGCUGAGCAAAAUGAAAUGCUGUCCAUAGCCAUCCCAGCACUCGGUACAGGCAACUUGAACUACCCAGCAGGUGUUACUGCACAGGUUAUGUAUGAAUCCAUCUUGGAAUUCAGCAAUCUACAUCCUAACGGUCUGCUGAAGGAUGUCCGGUUUGUGGUCUACGACAAAGAUGCCAAGACCAUUCAGGGGUUCGAAGAUAAAAUCCAACGUCUGUCCACUCCUGGAACAUCUGCGGGAGCUACAGGUUACGCCCCCAGUGGCCUCAGAAGGAAGUUGAGGAAGUCUGGAUCAGCAUCAACUCCCUCUGACCGACAGCCCGAGUCCUAUUCAGAAAUAGUGCGUGACCAGACGGGGAUGCUUCAGACAAAGAUAGGAUCUGUAUGCCUUCAAGUUGGACCAGGGGAUCUUCGCACAGAAACAACUGAUGCUAUUGUCAAAAGUGUUGGGCCAGCAACAUAUCAGCAGGCACCGAUCUAUGUUCAGACUGGUGUCUCAUCACUUCAGUGCAGCGGUAUAUUCCACGUUGUCACUCCGAAAUCUCCUGAGGCAAUGAAAACUGCUGUGCACAAGGUUUUGAAGCUUGCAGAGGAGACAAAACUCAAGUCAGUUUCCUUCCCAGCCAUAGGAACGGGCCAAGGUGGGCUGUCUGUCGCUGACAGUGCCAGUGCCAUGUUGGCAGCUGUUGGUGAAUUUGCUGUCCAGAAGAAACCUCGUCAUCUCCAUCUCAUCCGCCUGGUCAUCUUCCAACCACGUAUGGUCACUGGAUUUCAGGAUGCUUUGAAGAAGGAAGUUGGUACCUCGUACAAAAAGCAAAAAGGCUUAGUGUCCAAAGGCAUUGGUUUGGCCAAAUCUGCUUUGUAUACUGCCUGGUAUGGAGGUUCUACAGCUGCAGAUGAUCAAACAGAGAAAGGAAGUCUUGAGGAAACAAUCAUUCUCAACAUCUGUGCCAUGGACAUGGCAUCUAUAAAAAAGGCUGUCGACAAGAUUGAGCAAUUCCAGAGCGAGGAAUAUACAUCAGAGGACAAACUAGACGAUAUGGAGAUGUUGGACAAGAUGACAGAUAAAAAUCACACUGAAUUCAAAGACAUUGAGGCGAAGUACAGCGUAAAAAUAACAUAUCCUAUAAAGAGGGGCGGUGACAAAUUUGUUCGAGUUGAAGGUCGCGUCAUCAACGUUAAAGAUGCCCUAAUUGCCAUUCAAGACGUGUUCAAAAAAAUGCACAAGGACUUACUCCAAGCUCAACAAAUGGAACUCCUGUCGAAAGAAGUACAGUGGAAGUACAGUACCCCACAGGGAGAAGAAGCUUAUGAUCCUGAACUCAAUGCUAUUAUUGAGAAGGCCUACAAGAACAAACAACCUUCAGUGGCAUUGGAUCUUGAAGAUGGAAAGGUAACAAUCAACUUCCAAAACAUGGAGGAGUCUUCAAGGGCAGGGACCCUCCAGGUUCGCCGAACUAACUUGAGCAAAGUUGCUGCCUUUGAAAUGCCACCCAACUGGAUUCCCAUGCGUGACAAUGAUCACUUUAAAAUGGCGCCAUUGGCUGCCGGCACAAGUGAAUACAUUGCUGUGGAAAGACAUCUUCAAACAACUUCGGCAGUCCAACAGAUUCAGGAGAUACAAAGAAUUCAAAACAAAGAGCUAUUGAUGCAGUACAAGACUCUCAAGGCAGCGAUGGAAGCUCGUCUCGGCCGACCAGACAUUGAAAAGACACUCUACCAUGGGACUGAUGAGAAGACAAGUGACAAGAUCAACAAGCAGGGAUUUAAUCGCAGCUUCUGUGGCAAGAAAGCAACUGAUUACGGAAAUGGAACCUACUUUGCUGUGAAGGCUGAUUACUCUGCACAGGAUAAGUACUCCAAUCCUAACGCCAACGGUGUGAAGCAUAUGUACCUAGCAAAGGUUCUUGUUGGAGAUUACGUCAGAGGAAGUCAAGGUAUGAUAACUCCUCCAAACAAGCCGAGUCAUCCAGAUCAACAGUAUGACAGCGUGGUUGACAACAUAUACCAGCCCGGCAUAUUUGUCAUCUUCCAUGAUGCACAAGCAUACCCAGAAUUUCUCAUCAAAUUUAAGUAAGAGAGUAAGUUGAGGUUAUAAUGUUGAGAUGUUACUGCAUUCAUUCCAAGGGAUCUCAAUGGACAGUUUGUAUUUAACACUUUAGACAAAGCAUCUGGCUGAGAAAAGCCCGUUAAAAAAGCGUUGAAUGCAAAUGAAAUUUAGUGUGAGCCAGAGCUUUACCGAAUCGUUCAAAGUACAUAAUGAGAAUACAAUUUUUUCGUUGAAAAAGCUUGAAACAAGUCUUUAAAAUGAUUUAAAUUAAUUUAACUUUUAGACUAUUCAUUACUGCAUCAGUGGAAGUUAUAGGUGUCAGUCAGAUAUAUCACUUUAACAGAAUACAUGUACUUUUCAAACAGGUAAACAAAAAAUAGGAGGGGAAAACCUGAAACCAGGAAAUUGAGGAUUGAGUGCAUGAUAACAACAUGACCGCAUGCAGAAUGAUUCCUUUAAAAACAUAUCUUUUUUGUAUUGACCGGUAUUGUUUGACUGCAUUUUGAAAAUGUAGCGAUAAAACGUAAAUAUUAAAAUGUGUGCUUUUCGGUAGAAUAUUUGAAGGGAAAAUUCUGAGAAUUGCUUACAAAAAUCACUUUUGUACUUGAAAAAUAUGUCAGGUUUCAAAAUCAUGUUGGUUUUAAUAAGUUUGUAAAAUGUUACUGGGUACAUUUUAUUGUCUCAUUGAAAAAAUAUUCAUAUCGAUAAAACCAAAAACUGGCCAAUACUAAUACAAACAGUCUUGUUCUAUUGAUAGUGUUACUCAAGCUUUCAGGUUUAAAAUUAAUCAUAAAGUUUGCCAAAUGUUUCACCGAAGGCCAAAAUGUAAUGCUGUCCAGAAUAUGAACAUUUCGCAUGCAGUGUCCUACUCUUUCAAAACUCUCUUCAGGUGGAAAAUUCAUCUUAAAAUCAGUGAAAGUUCAAAAAUGUAAUUUUGAUUUUUGGAAAUUCCUUUUUAAUUGCUACAACACACAUGUUGAACUUUGUGAGCUUUUCAAUGUCACAUUUUAAGGUAAAUUUGUGUUUUUCAGCAUAAAAGUGCAGGCUCGGCCAUGCUACUCACGGGGGGAUGUUUUCCAGUGAUAAGAAAGAAAGAUGUUUUGUGUAUCGUUGUUAUUACUUCAUUUGUGAGAAAAUAAUGCCUAGGCAUUUCUAAUCUACCGAACUAGGAAAUAGAAACUAUGAAAUGAUUAUUAAUGUGAUACAAAAUUAAUGAUGCAUUGUACUCAGAUAGCUGGGAACAUUAAUCAGUAAGACGGAAAAACACAAAAUUGGACUUAUGUAAUAUAGUGACACACGUAAAUUACUAUAAUUUGUAAAAAUCGACAGUGAAAAAUAAUCAGUGUUGCCAGCACUUCUUGUGAUUCAACCAACCUAUACAAUAUGUAGCUCAAUUGAUUUGAAUAGUUCAAAAUAUUUCAAUUGUUAUCAAGGUAUCAAAGGGAGUUGGUUUCCCAUGUAUUUACCCAGCAACAUUUAUUCCUCUUGCUUCUGAUAUUGACUUACCAAUAGGCCCUUUACAUGUAGGCAUACGUGUACAUCAUAGGACUUCUCGUUGCUGUCUUUAAAACCUUGUGAUAGCUAUUAGGAUGCAAUAUUCUGCUGUUAAAUUUUCUGCAGCUUAAACUAAUUAGUAUCUAUUCAAACAAUAUAGAUUGUAACACAUCUUAUUUUGCAAAACUCUGCACCGCAUGCGCACCAUAGCAAGGGUGGAUCCAAAAACCAACAUUUUUGGACAAAUUUUGGGACAAACUACUUGUGAUUUAAUUUUUGGGACAUUUUUCCAUCUGACCUUUUAUAACUUUUCUGAGGGCCGAAGCUACACAGUCUUGGGGCUAAAUUUGUACACGUGUUAGGAAGGAAGAGAAUUGCAACAACUUGCCGUUAUCUCAUUCGAGAAAAUUUCUUAGAUUUUAACGAGGGAAUGGCCCCCAUUGAACCUUCCCCCGGAUCCGCCCUUGCGCACUAGCUAUUAUUACACGUGCAACUUCCACAUGGCCGACGUUGUAACUCACUCUCGUACAAUGUACGGCGCGUUGACCACGUGCACGGUACAUCUUACAUCACAUCAGAAAUACCAACUCUAAUUUGUGUAGUAGGCCUAUUAACCGUAGCUAUCGUAUAACAGUUAUUUUCAUUACAAGACUAGUGAUUUCUAGUUAUCGUCACUGAUUAACAUUUGAAAAUGUAACCCAACCUGGAAGAUUGAAAAUAAAUAAGAUAUUUUAAAGGAUAAUUACCUUCACAUGCA